GUAUAAGAAUGGAUUGGUCCUAUUAUAGUCCUGUGUAUAAGAAUGGAUUGGUCUUAUUAUAGUCGUGUGUAUAAGAAUGGAUUGGUCCUAUUAUGGUCCUCUGUAUAAGAAUGGAUUGGUCCUAUUAUAGUCCUGUGUAUAAGAAUGGAUUGGUCCUAUUAUAGUCCUGUGUGUAAGAAUUAAUUGGUUCUAUUAUAGUCCUGUGUAUAAGAAUGGAUUAGUCCUAUUAAAGUUCUGUAUCAGUGCACAAGAAUGGAUUGGUCCUAUUAUAGUGACAUAGUCCCUGUGUAUAAGAAUUGAUUGGUCCUAUUAAAGUCCUGUAUCAGUGUACAAGAAUGGAAUGGUCCUAUUAUAGUGACAUAGUCCUUGUGUAUAAGAAUGGUUUGGUCGUAUUAUAUUUUCUUGUGCAUAAGAAUGGAUUGGUCCUAUUAUAGUCCUAUGUAUAAGAAUGGAUUGGUCCUAUUAUAGUCCUGCGUUUAAGAAUGGAUUGGUCCUAUUAUAGUCAUGUGUAUAAGAAUGUAUUGGUCCUAUUAUAGUCCUGUGUAUAAGAAUGAACUGAAUAUAUGAACCAGGAUUGCAGUGACGUCACAGCUUUCCUAUUAAAGGACGGCAGUUUUAGAUUGGUGAGAAAAUGGAAAUAGAUUGGGCUAAGUGGGUUUGCCCAAUCCUGCUCCCCAUCUCGUUUAUCUGGGAUCAAAUACAGUACUGGUCUAUCAUCAUAGGAUACUAUGCCAGGUUCUGGGGUAAGAGCCAUGAAGAACGUGUGAAGUCGGUACAGGAUCAAGUUAUAAGAUGGAGAACUGAAGGGAAUGGAAGAAAGAUGUGUACUGCUAGACCAAGCUGGAUGAGUGUAUCACAACAAGUACUAGGAUACAAGGACAAGAUGUACAAAGUUCGCAUUGAUCUCCGUAACGUGCUGGAGAUAGAUACCAAGAAGAUGGUUGUACAUGUUGAACCAAUGUGUACUAUUGGAUUCCUAAACCGACUCCUAGUACAGAACGGAGUCACUCUUCCUAUUGUACCGGAGCUAGACUUCCUUACUAUAGGAGGACUAGUGAUGGGAGGCGGGAUCGAAUCCACCAGUCACAUCCAUGGUCUGUUCCAGCAUAUCUGCCUAGAGUAUGAGCUGGUCACAGCCAAUGGAGAGGUCACCAUUGCCAACCUGAAGGAGAACGCUGAUCUGUAUCACUCUGUUCCGUUUAGCUACGGAACUCUGGGAUUCUUGACCAGAGUGACCCUGAAGUUGACCCCCUAUAUACCCUACCUCAAGCUAACCUAUAGACCAACAUACACCGUGGAGGAUGCUACAGAAGUGCUGGACAGAGAAGCAAAUAGAAAAUCUGGAAAUGAUUCCGUUGAAGGAAUUAUGUUCACGGAGAACACCGCGGUCAUCAUGACCGGGGAGUUCGUGACCGAGGACAAGGUGGAGAAGGACAAGAUCAACAGGAUGGGACUAUGGUAUAAACCCUGGUUCUACAGAUACGUUAAAACAUUCCUUGACAAGGGAGAGACUGUUGAAUAUGUUCCUACUCUACAUUUCCAUCAGCGACACAACAAGCCUGCUUUCUGGUUAACUCAUUACUGGCUUUUGCGCAGCUGA